ACGCUGUAUCUCUGUCCGACAGGGUUCAGAGGUGCCACAAAUCCAGAUGAAAGGAGGAUUGUUCUAGUCGGGAAGACUGGAGUAGGGAAGAGCGCUGCGGGAAACACCCUCCUGGGGAGAGAAGCUUUCGAAUCAGAACUGUCUCCGUCUUCCCUGACGUCUGAAUGCCAGAAAGCCAAGGGGAGCGUUGGAGAUCGAAAGGUCGCUGUCAUCGACACUCCGGGGCUGUUUGACACUAAUUUCACCCAAGAAGAAGUGUUGAAGAGGAUCAAGAUGUGCAUCUCUCUGUCUGCUCCUGGUCCUCACGCCUUCCUGAUAGUUCUGCAGCUGACCAGAUUCACCAAGGAGGAGAACGAAACUGUGAAGAUGAUUCAGACCACUUUUGGUGAGGAGGCAGCUAAAUACACAAUAGUGUUGUUCACACACGGAGACCAGCUGAAGACGCAAACCAUUGAGGAUUAUAUUUCAGCGAGUGCUGACCUGAAAGCCUUCCUUCGGCAGUGCUAUAAUCGAUACCACGUCUUUAAUAACGAAGUCAAAGACCCUGUACAAACCAGUCAGCUCCUGGACAAAAUUGACAAGAUGAUUAUGGCUAACGGUGGAAGCUACUACACCAACGAAAUGUUCAUGAGAGCAGAGGAAGCCAUAGAAAAGGAGAAAAAGCGACUCCUGAAGGAGUUGGAAGCACAGAAGCAGAGAGAGCUGGAUAAACUGAGAGCCAAAUAUUUAGAGCAGGAUUUGAGAAGGGAGGAGUCACGGCUGCAGAGGAGAUAUGAGAAUGAAGCAAGAGCUCAAGCUGAAAGAUCUAAUGAGUUUGUCGCCGCUCCGGUAAUAGCUAUAGCAACAGCCUGUGGUGCUGCUGUCGGAGGUCUGAUCGGAGUUGCAGGAGGUCCAAUCGGCAUGGUAGUUGGAGUCGCAGCUGGAGCCGCUGUUGGAGCUGCCGUGGGUGCUUUAUCACUGAGAGUCUCAGAGCAUUGCCAUGUGCAAUAAGGACAGUACAACUUACAGAUAAAUGUUUAUAUUUAAUUGAUUUCUUGAAAAAAUAUAGUCCUCUACUCUAGUGUACCAUUGCUUCUUAGUAAACUCUUUGCAUAAAUAAUUUGCAUUAAAGAUGAUUAAUAAUCACUUUUUGUCAAUAAUUGAAAUAUUUUGUACCUGAAAUAGAGCUAAUCGACUUGUAUUACUAUGCAUCAUUAACAGUGUCUUGACUGUAUAAUAUUUGUAUAACAUAAUAAAAAUCAUUGAUGUACUUUUCA